AUGGGAGAAACGAGACACGUUGCGAUUGGUUUUGAGACGUAUGACGGAACAAUCCGUGACUAUCGAGGUUCGGCAACUUUUGAUCGUCAUACGACGGCCAUUGCCUAUCGCUUCGUUAUCCGAGGAGUCCAAGUGAAGAGGAAUGCCGAUGGCACUCUGCCCAAUGAUGUCACCACCUUGGAAGGUCCCAUUCAAGACGAGGAGCUGCGUCUGACUAGUCGCUUCGAAUGGUUUACCAAAUUUCAGAAGAUCAAGGGCAACAAAUCAAGCGGACGGAUCAUUCGAAUGCGAUUUCUUCGGUCUACAGAGGAGGAACAUCCUCAAGCUAUUAGACAGAUUGACAUCAUUGUUCCAAAGUUGGGAAACAAUGACAAAGGAAAGUUGCUUGAGUUUGCCGUGGUGGAAGCUGCCGCCCUCGUUGAUGCCAAUAUUGCUAGACGCAAAUUUGAAGAAGAGAAAGAGCGCCAGCUGCGAGCAGCCGCUGAAGCAAAGGAAAGCAAGAUCUAG